CAAAUUUUCUUCCAUACCCCUCCAACCAUAGCCCACUCCAACCUUUAAAGCUAUCAGUUUGUUUGAUUGUUUAGACGAUUUCUCUACCGUCGCACCGAUGGCUUCUGCUACAGACUCGGCUCCGUCUUCCUGCAAGGUCAUGCUUUCCAAGCAUGUUGCCAAUAACCUGCUUGAGGAAGUUCAGGAGGGCGUGAAGAUGCUGGAGAAGCCGCCUCACCUGGUCGGAUUCCUCGCGAACAACGACCCGGCGGCUCUGAUGUAUGCCCAGAUGACGGAGAAGACUUGCACGGAAAAUGGCUUCCGUUACUCCCUCCGUGAAGUUGCCCGGGACGAUCUCGAGCAGGCCAUCCUCAAUGCCAACGUCGAUCCGGACGUCGACGGCAUCAUCGUAUAUUACCCCAUCUUCAACAACCGCCAGGAUCAGUACCUGCAGCAGAUUGUCGACGUAUCCAAAGAUGUAGAGGGUCUCACCCACCGGUACAUCUUCAACAUGUACCAGAACAUCCGUUUCCUGGACCCAGAAACGAAGCGUCAGAAGUGCAUCCUCCCCUGCACUCCCUUGGCCAUCAUCAAGAUUCUCGAGUACCUGAACAUUUACAACACGAUAUUGCCUUACGGCAACCGCCUCUUCGGCCACACUGUCUGCGUGGUGAACCGCAGCGAGGUUGUGGGACGCCCGCUUGCCGCUCUGUUGGCCAACGACGGUGCUUGCGUUUACAGUGUCGACGUCAACGGCAUCCAAAAGUUCACCCGUGGGGAGGGUCUGAAGAAGGGCAGACACGAGGUUGUGGAACUCGAGGGAAAGACCCUGAAGGAUGUCGUUCCCCUCUGUGACGUGGUUAUCUCCGGUGUCCCUGGUGAGAAGUACAAGUUCGACACCAGCCUUCUCAGAGAGGGAGCUGUGUGCCUCAACUUCUCCAGCGAGAAGAAUUUCGGACCCGAGGUGAAGGAGAAGGCCUCCAUCUUUGUUCCCUCCACUGGAAAGGUGACGAUCGUUGUCUUGCUCAGAAACUUGUUGAGACUCAUCCAGAACAAGAGAUUGGAUGAUGUCAAACCCGCCCAGGCCACUGAGCGUCCGGGCACUCUGGAAGCUGCCUCGUGAAGCCCUCACUGGCGAGACCACUUUUCUUAUGUCUAAAAAUCUAGCACGGAAAGACGAUAUAGCGAAGUUAGCCAUAGAUAUUCUACACUUUUCCUUCGGUUCCUGGGCUCGACGAAUUUUCAUGUAAACCAUGCUGUGAAUACGACUAUGCUCUGACUGAUUAUCAAGCAUUUGUGGAAUAAAAAGUUUUGAC